AUGAAUCAACAAUCACGAGGCGUUGUCCUGAAUCAAGUCAACAUAACUGACGCACACGAUGGCGAGCCAGAGCCAGACGUCGAUAUCAUUGCCAUUCACGGCCUGGACACCAAGUCGCCCGACACGUGGACCUGGCGAUCUCAGGACGGCAGCAGGCCUAAUGUACAUGUAAAUUGGCUAGCCGAUCCUGAUAUGCUCCCAAGCAAGAUGAAGCGAGCUCGAAUAUUCACUUGCGACUGGCCUGCCGACUUAUUCCCGGAAUCGGAUUCGAUUCCAUGGACAGUCAGAGAGUUUGCUCGACGCUUGCUCGCUGGUAUCUACAAAAUGAGAGUUCAAUCGGGCAGAAAUCGUCCAAUUGUCUUCAUAGCCUCGUGUCUCGGAGGUAUCAUCCUGAUGGAGGCUCUCACAAUAGCUGAUAACCCGCAAAGCGAUUAUAUCUCCAUCAGGAAAGCCACACGCGGAAUUGUCUUCCUUGCAACACCGUUCCGCGGAACUGCAUUUCAAGAUAUAGCCUCUUGGGCUGAGCCAGUACUGAAGACAUGGGCGUUGCUCGGAAAACGCUCGGUGACACAGCUGCUUGACAGUGUGAAAAAAUCGACCUUCUACCUUGAGGAGCUUCUGGUCAAUAGUAGCUCAGCGACUCUGGACAUUGAUUCCGACCCGUUGCCACUUGAGCGAAGUCAUGUAAUGAUGAAUAAAUUUGCUGGACCUGAUGAUGGCGAUUACAUUGCCGUUACAGGGAGGCUUGAUGCACUCCUUCAGUUGAUUCGAGAUGGACUGCAGCCGGUCGAUGCUUGGAUGCGUGAAAAAAUCUACACCCCAGAUAGACUCCAGAUCGAACGGCUUUCUGGCCAGAGGUUGCCAAUGGAUCAGUGCUACAUCAAUCUCGUCAUAGUUGAGCGGCUUGAGGGGCAGUUGGAUCAGUCGACUAAAGCUCAAUCGUUGCAAUAUUCGUCGGGUGCUCGACAGUUCGCUCGACGGACGGCCGAGAUGAGUGAAACCGAGCUUUCAACGAUUUUCAACGAUCGCCAAGGUCACGACGGUUGUUUAAUACACCCAAGAAGAAUCCUUAUACGGGGACGCGCGGGAGUUGGUAAAACUACCUUGUGCAAAAAGAUCGUCUAUGAGUUUUGCCGAAGAACAUGGGAAGAGUGGAACAAGAACUUCCACCGUAUCCUUUGGAUACCUCUGAGAAAUCUAAAGUUGCAAGAAAGAAUGAGACCGGGAUACAACUAUGAAUGUCUAUUCAGUGACGAUUACUUCUCUCUUCCAGAGAACAGACCGGACUUGGCGAAAACCCUGUCUAAAGCAAUCGCAGCAAAGAACAACACGACUCUCUUUCUUCUAGAUGGCCUAGAUGAAGUGUCUGAGUAUUUGGAUGGUGAAGGCACCAUGUCUCGCUUCCUUCAAGACCUCUUGAAACAGCCAAACGUCAUCAUCACGUCUCGACCAUCUGCCAAACCUCCGCCUGGAAUAGACUUGGAGUUGGAAACGGUUGGAUUUGACGAUGCGCAAGUAAACGCAUAUCUUGACUCUGACCUCACGAUUAAGCCAAACGUCAACAAGAUCAAGUCGUUCCUUCAGGAUCAUUGGCUGCUCCAAGACCUCAUGCGGAUCCCAGUUCAGCUGGAUGCGCUUUGUUACACAUGGGAUGACUUUGACUCUGGAAUAUCACCGGACUCCAUGACCAGUAUAUACCAGGCCAUAGAGCAAAAACUGUGGAAAAAGGACGCAGUAAGAUUAGAACGGAUCCUCAAAAGCCGGGCUCAAUCAGCUCUUCCCGCGGAGGUGGGAAACAGAGUCAAGGCCGAGACUCAAAUUCUCGAGAUUCUUGCUUUUCACGGAAUGUACCACGAUAUAAUAAACUUUACGUCCGCGCAUCUAGACAAGGUUGUCCAAAUCUUCCCGCUGCUCGAAUUGACGCUCGACGACACGCUUGGACGACUUUCUUUCCUGCGGACGUCUGACUCGUCAUCAAACUUCAAAGUCAGAAGCUAUCACUUUAUACAUUUGACCUUUCAGGAGUACUUUGCUGCUCGAUAUUUUGUCCAGCACCUGGCAUCUGGAGAGCAAUUAUCUGUUUUGGAACUUAGCGGCCGACAGAAGAGAGCAAGUCUUCAAAAGCUCAGUCCCGAUCAGUUUAUAAGGGAUAAGAAAUACAGUACUCGUUAUGACAUCUUCUGGCGCUUUGUCACUGGCUUGCUCUACGCCGAAUAUGAUGAGAAACAACUACACCGCUUCUUUCUCACUGUAGAGGAUCAGCCGCGAGACCUUUUGGGCCCUGUACACCAGCGAUUGGUUAUGCAUUGCUUGCAUGAAGUUGGUCCGGCGGAUGAGAUGGAAUCUUUCGCUCAUCUUCGAGUAAGGCUGGAAGAACAUUUAUCUCAGUGGCUAGAAUUCGAAUGCAAGCUCCACGGUGUAUCAUAUUUACUCUUGGGGAUUGAGUUCCCAGAGCGGUCAUUGAACAGCGCCUUACAACGAGCAACUGAGGAUAUAAAGAUGGAUAUUCUAAACUCGUUAAAAGAUCGAUCAAAGCUACCGCAGAGUGUAAUGGAGCUGAUUACGGCCUGGCUAGAGGAGAGUCUUUCGCAGCAUUUGACAUGGACCGUCCUGUCCACACUUCGCUCAAUCGAAGACCUACCACUCCCGACACUCAAAGCGAUAAGAAAACGGCUAAAUGGUGAGGAUUUGGCCAUCAGACAAGCGGCGGGGUUGCUGAUUUACAACCGACGGAGCUUACCCGAAGAUAUUCGCGCGGCUCUAGGGGUAUGGCUGGAGCAACAUGAUGUUUUCAAUCUCUUGACAACGGCAGUUGUGCUUGACUUUGAGCUACCCAAAGACGCGAUGAAAAUUCUGGCUGCACAACUAGAGAAUUCCGAUCCAAGUGUGCGACAGAAAGCACUAUCUGCGCUGAGCGAUCCAUUCCCCCUGCCUUACGAUGUGCAGAGGGCCAUAGUGGCACAGCUGAAGGAUAAAAAUCCAGAUAUUCGACGUCGAGCAUUGUUUGCGCUUGACAAGCAACGCUACUUGGCUAAAGAUAUUCUUGAAUACAUGGUGGAAAUCCUUCGAGAUCAAGAGAAAGAUAUCCGACAUGGAGCUUGGAAAAUACUUCAAUGUCGAACGGGCCUAUCAGAAGAAAUCUUGAAGCCUAUCGCGGCCCGUCUGGUAUCUCAAGAUAGAGAUACUGACAUGAUGAUGCUCUCAGAUGACACGGAGCUGGAAACCAAACUUCCUGAGCACCUUGUUCCAUGGCUGAAGGAUGAUAACACAUGCAUUGCAUGGAAAUUAACGAUACUACAGCUGCUCCAAAAUAAAGAGCUCUCCAUGCACAUAAUAAGGGCUAUAGCGGCGCAGCUGGAAGACCAAAGCAAAGACAUCAGAAGAGAGGCACUAAAAGCACUAAGACCGGCCCGCGAGGAAGAAGAGGAAAUAUUUCCUAUUAACAUUCUUCAAGCUAUAGCAGCACAGUUAACACGCCAAGAUAAGGACGUUAAGGAGGCCGCCUUCGAAGCCCUCUCAAAGCAACCAACGCUACCAGAUGAGAUCCUAAACGUCAUAUGCAGACAGCUGAAUGAUCAAGAUUCGGAUAUUAGAUGCUUUGCUCUCUCAGCACUUUAUCACCGACCGCAAUUAUCUAGAGACAUCGUUGAAAUCAUGGCGGCGCAACUCAAACAUCGAGAUCAAAAUAUUAGAAAGCAUGCAGCUUCCGCCCUUAGACAUCAAUCGGUAUUAUCCAAUGAGAUACUUGAGGCUCUUGCGACACAACCCAAGGAUGAGAGUCCCAUGGAUAAAUUAGAAGCCGCACGAGCGCUCUCCGGUCGGGAACUAUCUGAAGAGAUCGUAGAAACCAUAGCAGAACUACUUAGAGAUCACAGCCGCGAUAUUCGACUGGCAGCAGUAAGGGCGCUACAGGGGGAGCCGGCCUUACCUGAACGAGCCCUCCAAGCCAUUAUGCUAAGUGCUGGUUAUGACGGUGAUAUCGGCGUUAGGAUAGCGGCGGUAAAAGUACUUGGAAUUCAAUCAACUCAAUCCCCGCUGUCUGAAGGAAUACUUGAAGCCAUAGUGGCCCGGCUUCGGGACAAAGCCACUGCUGUCCAGAAGGCAGCGAUGGACAUCCUCCAGAGCAACCAAGCAAAGUUGCCCGAAAGGGUACUUCGAGUUGUAGCGCAAAAUGUUUACGAUAUGGAUGGAGCAUCCCGGAGGGCGGCGGUGGAAAUUCUCCGGGGUAAUCUGGCUUUUCCCAAUGUUAUUUUGAACGAUGCGGCCUCGUAUCGUGCGUUGCUUGGGGCGAGCUUCAGGCGACGUGCUGUUUGCUAUGCUUCGGGUAGCGUCUUCUACGUUGAUGUGCCUGGGAGUUUUGGAAAUGUUUGUGUUAACCGACAUCCAGACGAGUUCAUGGAUACAAUACGAGAAUGGCAGAGAGAGGCGGGAGUCCCACCGCAGCUUGAUCACCGGAGGACAGAGAGUUACGCGGGUUCGAUAUGA